AUGGUUACCGGAGCCACAAGAGGAAUCGGACGAGCGCUUGUCGAGAUUCUUCUGCAGCAACCGGACAAGCAAGUCAUCGCUGCUGUACGCCAUUUGCAGUCAGCUGACGCAAAAAGUCUGAGUGCACUUCCACGUGCCUCUGGAACAACGUUGACUUUGGUGAAGAUCGAUUCGUCGCGCCGCUCGGAUGCACAGGCAGCACUUGACAUACUGAAAGAAGACGGCAUCGAGAAGAUCGACACCAUUGUUGCCAAUGCAGGGAUUGCGCACGAAGGAAUCCAAAUCUCGGAAACCGAUCUCGAUGUGGUCGGUCAGCAAAUGGAGAACAACCUCAUUGGACCUUGGGCUCUUUUCAAGGCAUUCAGACCCCUCUUACUUGCGAGCAAAGAGCCCAAAUUUGUAGCGUUGAGCACUGAGGUUGCAUCACUCACGCUUCGCGACAGCCUACCUCCGGUGAAGUUGUCCGCUUACGGUGCCAGUAAAAUCGCCCUCAAUUACUUUGUUAAUCGUUUGGCUGCCGAAGAAGCGUGGUUGACAUGCUUCGCCAUUCAUCCAGGCGUGGUCAACACGGCACUUGGUGACAAGGCGAUCAAAGCCUUGGGUGGCAUCACUAUGAACAACCUGUUACAAGAUGGUAGAGCAGUGACCGUCGGAAAGGCAGCUCAAAGAGUUAUUAAGUUCAUCGAGACGGCCAACAAAGAGACGGUAUCUGGUCUUGUCUUCGACUCUUCAAGUGGCAGUACCAUCCCUUGGUGA